UGACAAAUGCUGAAAGAAGACAAAGCGAUCAGUUCUUGAUUUUAUUUUAAUACCAAAGAAGUCUCGAAGCGAAACUAAAUAAUCAKUGCGAGUUAAUACAUUAAUUUUAGGAUAAAAAUACGGCCAAUCGAUAUGUCUUUACCAGGMUACGGCGUCCAGAGACCAUUUAGUGCUAGUAGUAUGGGAGUUCGACAAUUUGGUGCAACAAUGUCUCCAUCUUAUCAAACGAACCCACAGAUGCAAGCUAUGGCUCAAGCUGCGAGAUUCAGGCCACCGUUUCACCCCUCUCCACAAGUUAUGAAUCAGGGGGGAGGACAGUGGUCAAGUGGUGGUCAAAUGAAUGCACCUUCAUAUGGACAACAGAGAAUUCCUCAAAGAUUUUUGACACAGGCUGCUGACAUCAGAGUUCCUAAGCCACCUAAACCUCCAGAAAAACCAUUAAUGCCAUAYAUGAGAUAUAGUAGAAAGGUCUGGGACCAAGUGAAAAACCAGAACCCAGACCUGAAGCUAUGGGAGAUUGGUAAAAUCAUUGGUCAGAUGUGGAGAGAUCUAGUGGAUGAGGAAAAACAAGAAUAUGUAGAAGAGUAUGAAAUUGAAAAGCAAGAAUACAAUGAGUCCAUGAAGUCAUAUCACAAUUCUCCAUCAUAUCAAGAAUGGAUUGCAGCCAAAGGAAGAGCCCAAGCAGCUAUCCAAGCACAGCAGUCCAUGGAAAGGGCUAUGAUAAACUCAUUUGGGAAAAUUGAUGAGCCAAGAUUUAGUCUUCAAUCUGUAGAGGAAGAUGAUGAUGAUGAUGAUAGCUUUUCCAUUAAGCAUGUUGCUGCUGCAAGGUUUCAGCGUAACCACAAGCUUAUGGCAGAAGUAUUCAGUGAAGCUGUUGUACCUGAUGUGAGAACUGUUGUUACCAAGACUCGUCUUGGAGUACUCAAGCGUCAAGUACAAUCUCUCAUUACUCACCAGAAAAAACUGGAAUCUGAGCUUCAGCAAAUAGAAGAAAAGUUUGAAGGAAAGAAACGCAAGUUUGAUGAAGACAGUGAACAGUUCAACGAAGCACUAAAAAAGCUAUGUGAACCUCCCAAUGAAGACGAAUGCGAGGCUUCAAGCGAAUCUCUUGCAUCAACAUCAGCAAACAAACCCGAACCRGACAAGAGUGAAAAAGAUGAAACCGCUGAAGGAGCGUCCGAGUCCAGUUGAACACCAGUCUUUCCAAGAUGUACAGUUAACGAUACGUAGACAUAGAUGUUUUUUGUAUAGCGCUAUACGUAGAUAGUUUUACAUCAGAUACAACAACAUUAGAUUAAUUUAUAAUAAAUGAUAUCAUCUCGUUA